AAUGAAGAAGUUCACAAGUUCUGGCCAAUGCGAGCUGCUGGAAAGGUGAUAAGGUUUGUAUCUUUUCCACUUUAAAUCCUGCAGGUGCGAUAGGUAGGUAUUAAUCAUUUGUUGACGUUGCUUUGAAGAUAUAUUCUCUACUCCAUUCUAUUUCCUCAAACUCUGCUUUUACUUUUGCUUCUUCUUGUCCAUCUUCUCUUCUUCGUUUCUCUCUUUUUCUCUGCGCACCGUCGCGCGGUGUAAAUAUUAUCUUCCCUCUUUGGCCUUCUCUCCAUUGAAGUAGUGUACGACUGAAUUAUCGACAUCUGCAAGUAUCACAAGCCACCAUUCUACUUCCGGAUCCUCCAUCGACCACACGAAAGACGCGCAAUCCGACAAUCAUGAUUACAACUCUCCCUCAAGUGCUUCUUGCACUUAUCCCACUGGCUUUAGCAGCUCCAGCGCCACAUCGAGUAGCCCAACCAGUUCCUCAUCCUAUGAUCACUCCGCGGGCCUCUCUGACUGACAGAACACCAUCAAGACUCAUCGUACAAAGGGGGGUGGUUAGCUCAGCCGUAUCAUCUAUCAAGGGUCUGGAAAGCUAUCUUACCAGUGUCAUCGGAACGUAUCCAUCAUAUAUUGCGAGCGGGGUACCCAAUUUCUUCCAGGACUUCCCAACUGGAAGUGCUGUGCAAAGUAGUUUGGGCAUUAGUGAUAGUGAUUUGGCCGCUACUCCUACACAGGUUUUGAAUAUCCCGUCAGUAUAUCUAUUUUCUCGCACUCUAUUGUUUACCGCAAUACUAAUCAUCAAACAGAGGGUAUGCGAAUUGGACUGAUCAAGGUUGGAAUCUUCGUGUUCACGGAAAUGUCUUCAAACAACCAAACAUCUCGGAAUCCAAGCUCAACGAUUUAGCAAACGUCUUCCUCGUUGGUACCUCAAUCGAAGAUCUGCCUGCCCCUCAACAAUCCCAAGCUCGAAAUCUCACUGCCGAGAUUUUCGUCGUACAACAAGCACAUGUCAACGUCUUAUUCAGUUUAGAGCCUGCUUCGUCUCAAGGCGGUGAUGGAGAAAGUGGUGGUGGCGGUGCGGUGACACCAGCUGGGGGAGCGCAAAAUAUUACCCUUGUGGGACAAACAACGGUCGAGGGUGAUUACGAUCAAUUCAUUCAAAUCGCCAAUGUUUCGGGACCCGGUGGUUACCUUGCUCCUGGUAAUGAUACCACGGAUAUCCAACGAUUGAAUGUUUACGCAGAUGGCACCUUGACCGGAAACGCAACAUCAUAUCUCGUCCCCGAGUCAGGUCUUACCAUUAUUUCUGACAUUGAUGAUAUCCUUCGUGUUACAAAGAUUUACGAACCAAAGGAAGGUCUAUUAAACUCCUUCGCGAGGCCAUUUACACCAUGGAUGAACAUGCCCGACAUCUACGCCAACUGGUCUCGCAGUAUCCCCAACUUUCACUUUCAUUAUUUGACCACAACACCCGAGCAAGUAACAAGGAACUACAUGCAAUUUAUCUAUGAUACCUAUCCAGGAGGAUCUUUUGACACCCGACCUCUCAAUUUCUCAGAUGUAUCUGCAACACUCUCGAUUCGAAAGUACUUACUUAAAAAGGUCUUCGAGACUUAUCCCAACCGCAAAUUUGUUUUGAUAGCCGACACUUCCAAUUCAGACGUCAUGAAAGAUUACCCGGAGAUGGUAACGGAUUUCCCUGGACAAGUCCAAUGCAUAUUCCUACGCAACACAUCUGCCACGGACAGUGGAGAUAAAUUCCCAUACCAGACAUCGGGCUUCAAGAAUUUAAAUCAAUCACAAUACAUGUUCUUUUUAGUACCAGAUGAUCUUACGAAUCUUGAUAUUGUCAAUGGACAAUGUUAUAAUUCUACCAUUCCCCAGAACCUUACAUUCAGUGAGCAAGGACUGCCAUUUGGAUUGAGUAAGAGUGGUGCUACCAAGACCACAAUCGGUCGGAGUUUGGUUUGGAUAGCUACGAUGGUAGCUUUCAUGAUUACCCUGUAAAGAUGGGAUGAGAUGAUACAUUGGAUAUGACUCGGCGUUCAGGAAGUUACUUUUUCACGUGAGAUAUCAAGAUACGCAAGAGACCUUAAUAAUAUAUAGAUGAUGAUCCUCUUAUUCUUCCUACACUUUUAUGCUCUUGUGUAUGAAUCACGUCACAAACUUGGAUUUCCUUUUUUUUAUCUAACGGUUGAACUACGGAUUCGGUGCUUAGCAACAUUUAACGUUCUUUGUACAUUUUCUGCUGCUAUAAUCCAAUCAAAAUGUACAAAUCAAGUUUCCUAUUCGAGCCUUAUAGGCAAAGCGAUACCCCCCUUAUUCAUACAUUUCUCGCUCUAUUCACAUAUCGAACAGUUGCCAUAACUCCCAAACCAAACUCAGCC